AUGUUAUACCUGAUGGAAAGGGUUACAUCCAUGUUGGUGGGUCUCAAAUGAAAUCAGAGCAGUGAUCCUCACACACCAGAGUCGCCGUACUGUCAGGACAGGAACUAAUACACAUCACACCCGCGGGUGGGAAGUUUCGUGGGUGUGACAAGCCACAGCAGCAGCACGAGCGUAUGCCUCAUCCCCACUCCCCUCCGCAGCAAGCAUGUGGCUCUGGGGCGCCAUGUUACCGACUCUCAGGAAUUACUAUAUCGCAGUGAAAGUGAUCUUCCAGCAGCUGCUCGGCCGCUCCCUCACCGUACCAGCAGGUACUCAUUAAUGAGUGAAGGAUUAUUCGAGGAACAACACCAUGGAGACUAAAAACGAAGUCUUACAGCCAGAUCUUAAACUGGUUGCUCAUCCCAGAGCUAAGAGUAAAGUAUGGAAGUAUUUUGGAUUUGAUACAAAUGCUGAGGGAUGCAUCAUGCAGUGGAAAAAGAUCUAUUGCCGGAUCUGCAUGGCUCAAAUCGCUUAUUCUGGGAAUACCUCCAAUCUUUCUUACCACCUUGAGAAGAAUCACCCAGAUGAGUUCUGUGAGUUUGUAAAGAGCAACACUGAGCAAAUGAGGGAAGCUUUUGCUACGGCUUUUUCCAAGUUAAAGUCAGAAACAUCACAACAAGUUGUCCAGGAAACUUUAAUAAUGAAAAAUAACCAUUCUUUUGACAACAAGAAGCACAUGGAAGUGUCGUCUGCUGUAAUCAACCUGAUUUGUGAGGGUAUGUUCCCUGCUUCUGUUUUGGAUGAACCUACUUUUAAAUCACUUUUGAGAACUCUGGAUCCUAGGUACGAGAUACCUAGCCGGAAGUACAUAUGCAGCAGGGUGUUGCCUGAGAAGUAUCACACUGUUAGAAAUGUUAUAUUGAAAGAACUGGUUGACAUUUUGUGGUGUGGGAUAUCCACUGAUAUGUGGAGAAGUGAAAACCAGAACCGGUCAUAUGUGACCCUUUUCAUUCAUUUCCUGGCUACUGGUGCUUCUAAUUGUUUGUCUGUUAGUUCCCGGUGUUUAAAAACAUUUGAAGUACCUGAAGAAAACAAAGCUGAAGCAAUUACCCGUGUGUUUUAUGAAACCUUUAUUGAGUGGGGUAUCAGUACCAAAGUCUUUGGCGCUACCACAGAUUACAGUAAAGACAUCAUUAAGGCAUGCUCACUCCUGGAUAUCCCGAUAGACAUGCCUUGUUUAGCGCAGACCUUUAACAUGGGUAUACAACAAGCUUUCCAACUACCAAAACUUUCUGGACUUCUCUCAAGAUGUAAGAAGUUAGUUGAAUAUUUUCAGCAGUCUUCUGUUGCAAUGUACAUGCUCUGUGAGAAACAGAAGCAGCAAAACAUGCUGCCUUGCAUGCUUAUAAGUAACCGUGUUUCAUGGUGGGGUAGCACGCUUGCAAUGCUACAGCGUCUUAAGGAACAACAGUUCACCAUAGCAGGUGUUUUGGUGGAGGACAGUAAUAACCAUCAUCUUAUGCUAGAAGCCAAUGAGUGGAAUACAAUCGAAGGUCUGGUGGACUUGCUACAACCUUUUAAACAAGUUGCAGAGAUGUUGUCAAUGUCAAAAUAUCCCACUAUUAGUAUGGUAAAGCCUCUUCUACACAUGCUGCUGAAUACAUCCUUGAACAUCAAGGAGAUGGAUUUAAAAGAAAUAAGCAUGGCCAAAGAAGUCAUUGCUAAAGCUUUGUCCACUACCUAUCAGCAGACACCAGAAAUAGACAUGUUCUUGAAUGUUGCCACCUUUUUGGAUCCUAGGUAUAAAAGACUUCCAUUCCUGUCUGCAUUUGAACGUUCACAGGUUGAAAACCGUGUGAUCGAGGAAGCAAAAAGUCUUCUGGAAAGAAACAAAGAGAACGCCAGAUCAGAAGAUAAAGUGUUCUCAAUUCCGGAGGAGCCACCAGUGAAAAAAAUGUUGCUAUCCUCUACCUCUCUUCCAACCAGCAGCAUCAACAACAUGCUGGCUGAAAUCUUCUGUCAGUCUGGGGCAUCUGAAGAUCAGGAGGAGUGGCAUGCUCAAGUUGUUGAGGAGUUGAGCAAUUUUAAAUCUCAAAAAGUUCUUGGACUAAACGAGGAUCCACUAAAGUGGUGGUCUGAUCGUUUGGCGUUAUUUCCCCUGUUACCAAAGGUUCUCCAAAAAUACUGGUGCAUUGCUGCCACCAGAGUCUUCCCUGAACGUCUCUUUAGUUCAUCAGCAAACAAUGUAAAUGCUAAGAGAAACAGGUUAGCUCCUGCUCACGUGGAUGAACAAGUUUUUUUGUAUGAAAACACCAGAAAUUAUUCAGAAGCAGAACCCGAAGACGAUGAUGAAGGGGAUUGGGGUUUGCAACCAGAACAGUUUUUUAAUUUAAAUGAUUCACUCGGUGUCGGCAGCAGUUUCUUCUCAAUUAAAGAUAGUGGCUACAUUUAAAUAAACCCCAUUGCUACAUAGGUUGAUUUUGUAAACAUAUUUCUCUUUUUUUUCUCUCUCCCCCGAUACAGUAUUUGUCUUAGCAGCUACCAAACACAUUUUUCCAAUGAAUAUUUUCAUAGUAAAUUUAUACAUUCUUGUGAUCCCUGUUAUGUUUAUCAAUUCAUUUUAGAUGUGCUUCUUAAAAAAUGUGUUUGGGCCAUAACAUUGUUAUAUUCAGUAUAUAAUAAUAUAUACUGCACCUUUCUUUAUGGCAGCAGUUUAACACCUUAGCGUACAGUAUCUGGCAUUGUAGCAAAGUUGACAGAUAACGGAGUACAUGUAUUAUAGUAUUUUAUACAGACAACAUACCUAGUGGUAACUGAGGGGGGCAACCUUUUAAAGAUGUAUUCCAAAACGGGAGCACUUUUUAUUUACUAUAUAGGAGGUUUUAUUUGUUUUUUUUUAACAUUUUAAUGUAAUCAAAGUGGAAAUAUAGUAAUCUAUUUCAUUGGCUGCUUUUAAAUUAAACUUUUUACGUAAUUCAAUGUGAUAUAGAAAAAGCAUGUUUUAUUCUGGAAUAAAUCUGGUUUAUUUUUAAUGUGAUUUUCCUAAAAGGGAAUAUAUCCAUUUCUGUUUUGUCUGGUUAAUUUUAUUUUUCUACAUUAUAUUAAAUAAACUAUAUGUAUACAA